AGUACUUGGUCUUUCUGCUACUAGCUCCUCUUCUUCUUCUUCUCCUCCUCCUCCUUUUGAUCUACUUCUUCUCCUUCUUUUUCCUCCUCUCGAGUACUUUUUCCUCACAAAUUGGCUCUUGCGUACGUGGCCACUUACCUCUUUUAGUGUAGAUAUAUAGCUAGAGAUCAUGUCUAGCAGAAGGUCGAGGCAGUCUGGAACUCCAACGAUCAAAGAUGACCAAAUCAUUGAACUUGUCUCCAAAUUGCGCCAACUGGUUCCUGAGAUUCGUGAUAGGCGCUCCGACAAGGUAUCAGCAUCUAAGGUCCUACAAGAGACUUGCAGCUACAUCAGAAACUUACACAGAGAGGUUGACGACCUAAGUGAGCGGCUCUCUCAACUACUCUCGACAAUUGAUGCUGAUAGCCCGGAGGCCGCCAUAAUUAGGAGCUUGAUUACGCAGUAGAUGAUCAGCUAGAUGAUGAUCAUCAGACCCUUAAUUAUAUAUUUAUAUAUAAUUGUGCUUUGAUGAUGAAUUUAUAUAGUUAAAUUGUGUUCAUCUAGGUUAUCUGGUCACCCGAUUAUUAAACAAGGCCAGUUAGCUAGGGUACUCAGCAGUAUUGUAUGUAUUUAAAGAUGUCCUUUCCUGUCCUGUCCUGUGUUGUUAAUUAGAGCGAGGCCCUAGUAAUAUAUAUGUAUUCAAGUUUGUUUAAUAAAUUAAGGAGGACUUGGACUACUAUAGCAAGUCUUUAUGCACUUGCUAGGCUAGCUUCAUUGCAUUGAAACUAGAAAA